GCGCCCUACGGCACCACAGGACUGUUCUCAAGGCCACCCUCCAGAUAUGACUAGCCACUAUAAGGAGAUGUGCCCAUCGCCCCCUUGGACGAUAGGUAUGUAAAAGCCUCGAGCUCUGAUGCUGGAUCAAAAUUCGUUCCUCGACUCUUGUUGUUUCGCUUCUAAGGAACAACGCUGAACAACUUUGCCGACACACUGCGUGCCCGUCGCACUCGAAAAUUAUGGACAAAGCCUAUGAAGCAGCGUCAGUUGUCGCAGAGGCUCGAGCAUCGGAAAAGCACCACAAUCAAUCAAUUCGCCGUCCGCGCAUCCGGAUAGUGCCUGCCGCCUGUUCUCAAGAUGCCGAGUUCGUUGACACCAUCACCGCCUUGGUCAACAACGUCUACCGAGAGCACGAAAGAGACUUGUUUGUGCAAGGAUACAAGCGGACCAACGUAGAUGAAAUACGUUCUUUUAUCCAGGCAGGCGAAAUCGCCGUUCUAUAUGCGCCAUCGACCUCGGACGCGGCCGGCCAAGAACGACCGAUAGGUUGUAUCCGAAUCCAGCGGCUUUCGCCCACCCUCGGAGAGUUCGGGAUGAUGGCCGUCGAAGCAGAGUACCGUGGAAACGGGUUUGGCAAAGAACUGGUGCGUUUCGCCGAGGAGCAAUGUCGGCGUUCUGGCUCGACGGCCAUGCAGGUGGAACUCCUGUUUCCAACGGACUUUGAGCAUGCCUUCAAAAAGCGUUUGUUCGAGUGGUAUACUAGAAUGGGCUAUACCUUGAUCAAACUGGGUGACUUUCAGGAUGAUUACCCUCACUUGGCGAAGCUAUUGCGAGGACCAAUCGAGUAUCGUGUAUUAGAGAAGCCUUUGACCUGAACGCGCCAUGUGUUGAAUCUUGAUAAGGUUGUGAGAGUAUCUGGGUUUUCAGAGUAUCCCCUAUAGGUAUAUGAACAGGCGAGCAAAUAAUCUG